AUGUAUCUCAAACUUGCGAAUCCUACGUCGAGUCAACAUUUUGAAGAUAGCAACCAUCAAUUCAGGCCCUAUGAAUCCCAGAUAAUGAAGAAGGCGCCAAUACCAGCUUGCGUAGGAGAUCUCCUUUAUGACGGCCAUGUCUAUCACAUCUAG